GUAAUGUUCUAGCUCGCAAUUUGAGUUGGCACCAAAGUUCAUGUGUUAUAUUCGGCGAUGAGUAAACAGGCAUCUACUUAUACUCUCCCUCCUAAAGAACUCUCAAUAUUCAAGAGAGUUGUUAAAUAUUAUGACCAAAAGCAGUACAAAAAUGGAUUAAAGUAUGCUAAACAAAUCCUAAGCAAUCCAAAAUUUAGCGAACAUGGAGAAACUUUGGCGAUGAAAGGUAUUUUAUUAAAUUGUCUUGGUAAGAAAGAUGAAGCAAGGGAAUAUGUGAAGCGUGGUUUAAAGGCCAACAUCACCAGCUUUGUUUGUUGGCAUAUUUAUGGUCUUAUUCAUAAAUCUGACCAUAAGUACGAAGAAGCGAUAAAGUGCUACUUGCAAGCUUUAAAGUUAGAUAAUGAAAAUUUACAAGUGCUAAGGGAUCUUUCAGUUUUACAAAUGCAGUUGAGAGAUUAUGAAGGAUGCAGGGACAUACGUUACAAGUUGCUCCUACUGCGACCUAGCCAAAAAGCAUCAUGGAUUGGCUAUGCUUUAAUUCACCAUUUGCUGGGGAACUAUGAAAUCGCUCUUACAGUCAUCAAUGAGUUCAAAAAGGGUCAAAGUGAAAUACCUCAGUUCGAUUACGAACACAGUGAGCUACUACUCUACCAAGCAAUGAUCAUGCUUGAAGCUGGAAAAGAAAAUGCUGCCUUAGAACAUCUAAAUCAAUAUAGCAACGAAAUAGUUGAUAAAAUAUCUUUGUUGGAAAUGAAGGCUCAACUUCACUUGAAACUUGGACAGUAUAAGGAAGCGGUUGAGUGUUCAUGGAGCUUAAUUGAUCGAAAUCAGGAAAAUAGUUUAUAUCUUGAGCUUUUGUCACAGGCAAAUACAGCUUUAGUCAGUGGUAUAACAGACGCAAAUACUGAAACAACGAAGAAAACUUAUGAGUCAGUUAUUGCCCGUUACCCCCAAUCCCGUCUAUCUAGACGGUUGAUUCUGAAUUAUUGUUCAGGUGACGAGUUUCUCCAGCGUUUGGAUGCUUACCUAAAGCCAUACAUCAGAAAAGGUGUUCCUCCACUUUUUAUACAACUUGUGGGGCUUUUAAAUAACUCUGAAAAGCUUUCAGCUUUUGAAAGUCUUUUAACUAAAUAUCGUAACAGCAUGAGUGCCAUCGGAUCCCUUGAUGCACAGGAAAGUAAUGAAAAAGAAGCUCCCACAACAGAUGUUUGGCUUAACUAUUUACUAGCUCAGUAUUAUAACUUCAAAAGAAAAUAUCAGGAAGCCAUUGAAAUCAUAGAUUCUCAGUUGCUCUCAACACCUACGUUAGUUGACUUUUAUGUCCUAAAAGCCGAUGUCUUUCAUGAUGCAGGGGACUAUAUAACAGCCAGUCGGUGGAUGGAAGAGGCCCAAUCUCUAGAUACAGCUGAUCGUUUUAUUAAUGCUCGCUGUACAAAAUUCAUGGUGGAAGCUCAUCGCCUUGAAGAUGCCACUAACAUGGCUUCUAAAUUUACAAGGGGAAACACAUCGCCAAAGGAAUACUUGUCUGAGAUGCAGUGCAUGUGGUUUCUGUUAGAUAAUGCCAGAGCACUUAAAGAAAUGGGCAGAUUUGGUGAUGCCCUUAAGUUGUGUCACGAAGUGCAGCAACACUACAGAAAUAUUCUUGAUGAUCAGUUAGACUUCCAUUCCUACUGUCUGCGGAAGGUUACGCUACGAUCAUAUGUUGAGACACUGCGAUUAGAAGAUCGUUUACGGGAUCAUCAGUCUUAUUUUGAUACCGCUCAACUUGCAGUUGAAAUUUACUUGCAACUGUAUUCUCAACCAUUGGACAGUAUUGAUGAAUCUCCUCACGGCGAAAAUGACGGUAUGUCUUCAUCUGAAGCUAAAAAGCUACGAAAUAAACAACGGAAAGCUGCUAAGCGUGCGGAAGCGGAAGCUGCUCGGGCUCGAGCUGAACAAGAACGUCGAGAACAAGCAGCUCGUUCAAGACAGCCUGCAUCCGAAGAAGCAAAUGCAGAUAACCCAUCCAUGGGAGAAAACGACCUAGAUGCUAAUCUACUGGCCAGACCUGAGGAUCCACUUGAAGAGGCAUCCAAAUUUCUUCUCCCUUUGUUGGAUUUGUCUCCUAAAAUUAUUGAGGCUUAUUGUUUGGCCUUUGAAGUUUAUGAGAGAAAGCGAAAAUUUCUCCUCAUGCUCAAAUGGAUUUCUCGUGGUGUGCAACUUACAAAUUCACGUGACAAUCCUUGGUUUCAUGAGUGCUGUGUGAGAUUUCUUCUCCAGCUACACAGUCGUGGAAAAUCAGAUGAUAUAGUUGGCAAAGUUCUUACAUCCGAAGUCCCUAAGUUAUUCAGCGAGUGGCCAGAAAAUAUUUCAUUUGUUCAAGAAUAUAAUAAAAGAUUUAAUCACCGUAAUCAGGACACAUAUCCUCAUGUAUUCAGAUAUACGUUAUGUCAAUGUCUGAUUGACCCACAACAUAGAGAUAAUUAUCUUAGUAAGAUUCCAUUACCAAAUGAUAACUUUAAAGGUGUUACAUGGCAAGUAAGUGUUGGGUUUCGCACUUUGAUUUAAUCCUUUUUACUACCGGCGAGACACUAUGUUUUGAAUGGUGUCGUUUCAUCCAUAUGGAUCUGUUUUGUCUUUUUAUCGAAUAAAUAGCUUAAUCACUUCUAUUGAAAUCGCAUUAUCUUUUGCAUCAAUUUUGUGGUUCCUAUCUAUUUCAAACAGCGUUUGUAGGAUAAGUUUUCGUCUUGAUGCAUCAUCCCUAAAUUAGGGUGUUUUCUGUCCUUCCGACUGAUAUAACUACAGUGCUACUAACUCCUGAAACGAUAAACCUUUUAUUUCCAUGCAAUUUUGAUGCUUAUCUGUAGGACCAAUAAUGAUAUGGUGGAAAAAAGUCGGUUCUAAUACAUACAAAAAACUGUAGUUGACUAAACAUUUGUUUCUUUCCUUACGAUUCUCGACUUUUCAAUGGAAGUAUCUAAAAAUUGUUCGGACACUAAAAAUAGCUGUAAAUGAACUAAGUUGUUCUCGUAAUGCACCUAUUAAAAAUCUUCGUUACUAAUUUUGACUUCAAGUGAUUGACUUCGACAAAAAUAAAAAAGCAAGAAUGGUGAACUUACAAAUUUCUUUCUCAACCACUUAAUAUAGCCAAAGAUGGAUGGUGGCUAGCAGUGGAAUCCAGGAGGUACGUUUCGUCCUACUUGAGACUCGUCAGCUGAUGUACCUACAUCCCAGAGUUGAUGUUCACUCCAGGACGCGAGUCCUUUACAGUUCACUUCAAACGCCAUCGCGUUAUCCACUUAGCUACUGAGUCCUGAUAACCACUUGCUUUUGUAAUGUGGGAAAGUUUACAUUCACUUGGUAUUGUUUAUUUGAACCUUUCCAUUGAUUAAGACUGCAAUUGAUCAAUCAAUCGGCAGAUUCAAACAAACAAUACUAAGCCGUUUAUUAUAGUGCUAGGUAUUUAAGAGUGUACAUAGAUGAUUUCUUAAGGGACCUGAAAGGAAACUAAGUUAGUAGUGGUCCUGGUGACCUGGGAGUGUGACUUUAGUGGCCAAGAGAUAACUACUCGAGGCCGGUCACUUACAGCUUUUUUAUGUGGAGUUUUUGACGUGUCAGCCCCGCAAUUCAAAAAGGCCUUACCGUUGAAGACGGUAAUGCAUAGGGUAAGGUGUGACAUUUUUGUGUUCUCCCAUUUUUAAAACACCAUCCUUUUAUCAGAAGGCAGUAUAGCUACAGAUGCUGGCUGUCAGAAGGAAAAAUUCUACUACUAUCACACCCCUCUAUAGUCAGCAGUACGACUUCGCCCUUGGGUUCAAAUAUGAUACUUUUAGUUCUACUCCAACAAACAAACGACAUAUGGAUGAGCAGUUGAAACCUAACUGUUGGAUGUAAGAGGCAGACUACUCACGCUGCACCACAUAAGUACUAAUAUUACUUUAAUUGUGUUUAUAUAAACUCUUUUAGAUGGUUUUUCUUUUUGUAUUUAGUCCAUAUCUUAUUUUUCAUGUAAGUAAUAUUAUACCUUUCAACCGUUUUUAAUGAUAUUUUCUUCGUAGUAAAAGUAAUGAUAUACGCAUCCUGCUUUUUUUAGGAAUGCCGCACGUGUCUAGAUAUUUUGCGUAGAGGUCAGUGGACGUUACUGGGUCGUUGUGACCCAUCUGUCAUAGAAAAGUAUCGUUGUGCUUGCAACGAAUAUUUUCCAAUGGCAAAUGCAUUUCUAACAACCUCACAAAUAGAUAUAUUACGUCAGAAUAUGAUUGAAGCAGCUAAUUCAUCAGCUAUAUCUGGUGUGUUCCUUACGCCGAAUGACAAGGAUCAAUUAUCGGAACUCAACACGGAUCAUGGAAGUAAACUAUCAAAUGAAUUUUCUAGACUAACUACUGAACCUAUGGUUAAUGGUGAUCUAAAGGAUUCGACUAGUUGGAUUCCUCAAUCGUGUAAGCAAGUUACAGUAACAAAUAAGGCAACUGAUAUCGUUGUUUAAUUCUUGAAGAACCUACUGAAAUCUUUGCCUAUCCAUUUUAUUCGCUAAAAUUUUGUGUAUGUAUUCAGAAGUUUGUGAAUACUGACUCAUUUGUAUUUUCCAUUGUCCAAUAGUAAAUGUACACUGUUGUAGAAUAAGUUUGAAAUCCUUUUUUUCAUGUGAAUAUUUCUUGCAUGGAAACUUAUUUAAAUACUUUGGUUCAGUAAUAUUACAUAUGAUUAUUGUAUCACAUGUGCAUAAAACUACUUCGUGAAAUGCUUUUGUAAUUUCAAAAAUCGUGUACAACAAACUUUACCUACUGUAUAUGCGCAGAUUGCGUACUUCCAAAUCUGUUCCAGAACCUAUUUGCCAAAUGACUUGUUGAUAAUUGUGAUCAUUAUCAUCAUAUUUACACUGAGUGAAGUUGGUAUGAGCGUUUAUUUUAACAAUAAAAUCUUUAGCUUUCU